AAAGAGGGAAAGGUGAGUUCUGGAGGAGUAGAGGAUUAGAAGAAGGCCUUCAAGUCUCCAUGCUAGUGCGGUGAGGUGAGGGAGCAGGGGGUGGCAGGAGGAGUAAGAGGCUGCAUCAUCCAGUCCAUCCCUUGCAGCACUAGAACCUCCUCCUCUGCCCUUCUGAUCCAGUGGAACAACGAGGAGAUGAUCUACCAGCCAACCGUGACCCUGCCUCCACGAGGCUACGGAAUGAGAGAUGUUUUGAUACAGGUUAUGAGAGUUCGGAUGAACACAUGGCGAGAGAAUCUAUACCAAGUUUCUCAACUCCUCUGGCCCCCUCUCCUUACCACAGGAGAUGGACACAGCGGAUCUGACUGGACAGAGCACAUCUCCUCCUCCCCUCCUCCUAUGGGAUUGCGCUGGUGUGGGGAGUGGAGGACAAAGUUCCUCUCCGCCUCCACCCCUCCUACUAUAGAGUUGUGCUGGUGUGUAGGACAGAGUUAACAGACAGGAUUACAGCCAGAGGACGGCAGAGGCAGUGAAGGAGAAAAUAAAGGAUUUUCUCAGGAGGGAAAGCCAAGGAAAGAUCGACUAAACAGAACUCUGGGAGAAUGAACCUGGAACUUUUGAGCUGAACUGAAACAGAGUGAUUUCGACCUUAGCAAGUCAGCGUUUGGACAGGUAUAACGCUGGUCCGUGGUACUAGGGGGCUGACCAGGGCCACCGGGGCCCCUGUGUCCAGAGCGUGGUCCCUGGGAGCCACUGCCAGGGGUGAUGGGAACAAGACGAUCCAGCAGGUUCAGCCUGGGGUCCGUCGUCCUCCAAGAAGACGAGCACCGUAAGGUCUCCAGCCAGGGUCUCCUGAACGGCCACAACUCCCCGCCGCGCUCCUCCACCUCCUCCUUGGCCACCGGCAGGGAGGAGCAGCAGCGGGGAGGGAUGAGCAGCUCCAGCGUCCGGGGCCCGACGCGGGGCCCCUCCGGACAGCUGCGGAGCCGCUUCGUGAAGAAGAGUGGCCACUGCAACGUGGUGUUCAGCAACCUGGAGGACUGGAGCCAGCGCUACAUGGCCGACCUCUUCACCACCUGCGUGGACAUCCGCUGGCGCCACCUGCUGCUUCUCUUCUGCAUCAGCUUCCUGCUCUCCUGGCUCUUCUUCGGGCUCAUCUUCUACCUGGUGUCCCUGGCCCACGGGGACUUCAAGAACCCGUCUGAGGUGUCGCCGGCGGGAGCGACCCACGGACCGGACCCCCCGCUGCCCCCGGUCCAGGGGGGCCGGAGGGAGCGCACGCCGUGCCUCCUCCACGUGCACGGCCUCCUGGGCGCGCUCCUGUUCUCCAUGGAGACCCAGACCACCAUUGGCUACGGCUGGCGCUGCGUGACGGAGGAGUGCCCGGUGGCCGUGGCGACGGUGGUGGUGCAGUCGGUCGUGGGCUGCAUCCUCGACUCCUUCAUGAUCGGCACCAUCAUGGCCAAGAUGGCGCGGCCCAAGAAGCGGAACCAGACGCUGAUGUUCUCGCGGAACGCCGUGAUCGCGCUGCGCGACGGCCGGCUCUGCCUCAUGUGGCGGGUGGGGAACCUGCGGCACUCGCACAUCGUGGAGGCCCACGUGCGCGCCCAGCUCCUCCGGCCCUACGUCACGGAGGAGGGCGAGUUCGUCCCCCUGGAGCAGAUGGACCUCAACGUGGGCUACGACGAGGGCACCGACCGCAUCUUCCUUGUGUCGCCCCUCGUCAUCGUCCACGAGAUCGACAAGGACAGCCCGCUGUACUCGCUGAGCCGGGCCGACCUGGAGGCGGAGCACUUUGAGAUCGUGGUCAUCCUCGAGGGCAUGGUGGAGGCCACGGCCAUGUCCACCCAGUUCCGCAGCUCCUACCUGGCCCGCGAGGUCUUCUGGGGCCACCGCUUCGAGCCCGUGAUCUGCGAGGACCGCGACCGCUACAGGGUGGACUACGCGCGCUUCCACCAGACCUACGAGGUGCCGUCCACGCCGCACCUCAGCGCCAAGGAGCUGGACGAGGUCGCCAGCCGGCCCCCCUCCGCCGGGACGACGCGACCGCCGUCGGCCAAGGAGACGCCGAGCUCGUUCUGCUACGACAACGAGGUAGCGCUGAUCUGCGGCGAGGACGACGACGAAGACGACGACGACGACGAGAACGACAUCUUUGACUUGCGCCGGACGCUGUCGUCGCCGGGGGGGAGGCGGGAGGAGAGGAGGACCUCGGUGACCGUGGACCUCCCGAAGGCGGAACAGGACUCGGCUGCCUUGACGACGGGCCGCCAGAGCUUGAUGUGCGUGCUGGACAUGGACAACCACCAGAGGGAGUUCGAUAUGCUGCAGACGGCAAUUCCGCUCGAUCCGCAGUCCUACAAGAGCGAGCAGGAGAUGUAGAAGUCUGAGGGACACUGGACGGGGAAGACUGCUCGGGGGUUGUUCUCAGCCUUGCUUCUGUUGGUUGAUGUUUGGGGUUGGAGAGUGGGACAUAUCUAUUUUACUGUAUGGUGGAGAAACUAGAAAACGGAUUGAUUAUUAAACCACGAUGAGCCGUAUUGAGGCAGUGGUCAUUCAAGAAAUGAGAUUUUGCUGAGAAGUGAACUUGAUUCCGACUGAAUUGUCAUUCUCCAUCGCAUAAAAACCUCAUGACAACGACAUUAAGACAAGAUACACAUGACGGUUGUCUGAUUAAUGCUCAAAUGCUCCUCUAUUUCCAAGUCCCUGAGAGGCCAAAAUGUGAGGACUGAAAACCGUUGUUCUUGAACUUGAAUGUGUGAUGAUUCUGUGUGUGUGUGUGUGUGUGUGUGUGUGUGUGUGUGUGUGUGUGUGUGUGUGUGUGUGUGUGUGUGUGUGUGUGUGUGUGUGUGUGUGUGUGUGUGUGUGUGUGUGUGUGUGUGUCUUUGUCUGUCUCUUCUUCAAAUUGCUACUAUAUUAAUAUUUUAGUUUUCUUGAUGGUUACAAAUAUUCAGUACAAAUUGCUAAACAUCCACAUUAAGCACAACAAUAACUUCAUUUUGAUCAUAUCAUGAGAGCACAGUCACUUUGCUAUCAUAACAGAUGCUACUGUUAUGGUUUAGUAUUGAUUUUUGAUAUAGCAUACUACUGUAAGUGCUCACUAAUGUCCCUGCUUAUGCACAAAGCCCGGGUUGAGAAGCCUAUUUCUGACCAAAUGCUUAAAAUAAAAAAUUACAAAGCACUUUAAUUGUUAUUGUCAAUAAAUAUUUACACAAAUUA